AUGGAAGCUCCAACAUGGACUCCACUACCGAAAUUCGGUUAUGGCUUUGCGACAUAUCCUUACACGCCGGGAGCACCGCAAAUAGACUCCUCGGAUUCCGCUAAAACCACAGAUAAUGAAGGUGGAUCAGACACCGUAUCAAUAAAUUCAGUAGAUUUAACCUCUCCCGCAAUUGCUUAUCAAGUUCAAUUGGAAGUUGGUGAUGAGGUUUAUGUGUUUGAAGAACAAGACGCGUGGUAUCGUGGUUAUGUAGUCUCACAGCUACGACAGACUGAAGAACCACAAGUUUACGUUGGAAUAUUUCCGAUUAAUCACGUAUACAUCAAAGAAUAUUUAGAGGAUGUGGAAUUGGGUACUCGUCCUCCACCUCCAUUACCAUCACUCACGUGUGGAGAUGAUACAAUUAGUGGUAAAACUGAACCGUUAAUUGAUGAGAUUGCCAGUACAGUACGAGAAUGGAGUAGUCUUUUGCCUCAAUACCUCGAACAACGUCGAUACAGUAUGUUCAACAUUGUUAAGGAGCAAAUCAAUAAUCUAUUACAAGGAAGACGUCAAUUGCUUGCUCAAACAUUAUCACACGAUGAAUUAAGUAAAUUAAGAAAAGAAUUGAUUAAUAAACUUGUUUCUGGCAAUUUAAUCCAAGAUUUAGAUAUUAUUGUUCGCAACCCAGAGAAAGGUUUUCUUGCUGAUGAAACCAAUAUAUCGGCAAUUCAACUUUAUCAAUUGCAGGCUCAAUUGGCAGUAAUGAACGUUGAUAAAUCUUUAGGCUCGGAUCCACUUGCAAAAGUUACAACCGGAACACCACAUAAUAAUUUUAAUUCUUGGUCUAAUUCACAUAAUUCCGAUAUGAAUACAAGUGGAAGUAACGGAAACACUCAUGCUGCAAAGUUCUACCAUAUAUUUUUAGAUUUGAAAGCAUGGGUGGCAUCAAUAUCAACCAUUGGUGAAUAUACGGAACUUUACUUUUCAUUAUAUACUAAAACAGAUGCACGAUUCAUAACAGAGGAAUACUUUAUCAUUCUUAAUCAUAAUGGAGUGCCAAAAGAUCAAGCCAAGAUUGGGAAAAUGCGCACACUUUUCACCGAUCUUUCACCUCAUGAUAUUCAAGAUGAUAUAUUUCUAGUGUGUCGAAUUGUCCGUUCUGGAAACAUGAAAUUGGUAGACAAAGAUAAAGAAGCACAGAAAGAAAAUGGAUCAGUGUCUGGUUUAUUCUCAAAAACAUCAAAAGAUUCAGAACCAACUGAUCAAUCAAAGAUACCUAUACAAUCAAACAGCAAAUUGACGUCUCAGACAUUUCGCAGACCAUUUGGAUGUGCUGUCUUGGAUAUUAGUCAUCUUUUACAAGGAAAAGAAAAAGAAUCGUUAAGCGAACAUGUAAUGCCAAUAUUUGUGCCGACUCAAGAAUCAACUUUCGCCACGCUCCACGAGGACAUAAUUCAUAAUCGUAAUAAAGAAUUUGAGAAAUCCUCACGCGCUGAAAUGGUUAGCGUUUCAAUUCGUCCAUUCCACGGUGAGACUGCAACAGUUAUUAAAGAGAAUCCAGCAUUGCUUCAAGGAAUUCCAAUUACAUCACGACUUGGAUUUGCCGAUGUCGUAUUUCCAGGUGAUUCUCGAAAUGAAAUUUAUCUGAAAUUAUGGUCAGGCGAUUUCACUCAAGGACGAGCUACAACUGCUAAAAAUAUUCAAGUAACUGCCGAAGUGAGAUUAAACACGGGCGAAAUAUUGGAGCAUGGAAUCUCGCAAGGAUCCGGUGAACCUCAAGUGACUCAAUUUGAAUCACUCGUAUUUUAUCAUUCCAAUAAUCCAAUGUGGGGAGAACUAAUAAAAUUAAAGAUUCCGGUUGAAAAAUUUGAACAAGCUCAUGUUUUCUUUACAUUCAGACAUCGGUCAACUAAAGAUAAAAAAGAGGAUAAGAUCUUUGCAUUUGCAUAUAUGCCCUUAUUCCCGGAAAAUAGAGCAUUUAUCAGCGAUGGAAAACAUUCGCUUAUACUCUACAAAUAUGAUAAGCAAUUGGUCAAUCCAAACGUUUACAUGAAUUCUCCUUGGUCAAAUGCCGCAACUAUUCAAUCAGAGCCAACAUCGCCUGUUUCCCCUGGUCACACUCAUCAUCAUAAUAAUUCGAGUACUUCGAUAGUAUCAACUGGCAGCGUUCAUCAUAAAUUGAUGGUGGCAUCAAAAGACAUUGUGGUGGUGCGAACCUUUCUAUGUUCAACAAAGUACACGCAAAACGAGGUACUUUUAAAAUUACUGAAUUGGGAGAAACAAUUAAGUUCGGAUGAGAACGAAAUGAUGUCUGUGUUAAAAAAAUUCACCUUUGUUGGUGAAGUGGAAAUUGUCAAAUUUCUUCAAGAUAUUUUUGAUGCACUGUUUGGGAUCUUAGUCUCCUCGAAAAAUCAACAAUGUGAAUUUGACGAUUUAGUUUUUAACGCAUUGGUUACCAUUCUUUCCAUCGUGUCAGAUCGUCGAUUUAUGAAUUUCCGACCUGUUUUAGACGUGUAUAUUGAAAAGCAUUAUUCAUGCGCCGCUGCUUCAUCUCAUCUAAUUCGCUCGAUGAAUCGUCUUGUCACUGAUCCCGGAAACGUUGAUACCGCCCAAAAUCUUCGCUCUGCUAUCAAAGUUUGGCAGUAUAUUUUCAAAUUUAUUAUACGGUCUCGUGAACUUCAGCGUACAAAAGAAACAAACCUAGGUGUCAAAGGGAACUAUGUUGAAGAACAAUUCAAAAAAGAUCUAUGGGCGUUAUUCAAAAGUAUCGAUCGAUUAAUGUCUCUUACCACACCAGCACCAAUAAUUGGUACCCAGACUUUGGCAUUACAACAUUUUGCAUCGAUAUUUUCAGAUUUAGGAAAAUGUUUCUCGGCCGACGAUCUUGUACAAAUUGCCAUCAAAUUUACGGAAAGUGUUCGAUUACCAAAAGGCAAAUUGCUUGCGUAUAAAUUGCUGGUGAUAUUACAAUUCUGCCGAGGACCUUUAUUUGAGAACGCAGAAUCACGAGCUACACUCUUAAGACGCAUAGUUGAAUGGGUGAAAGACCAUAUGGGAAAGUGGGAAAAGACUGGUAAUGAUAAUGAAUCUGUUGAACGAAUGCAAUGGCAAGAUGGGUUGAAAUUAUGUGUUGCUAUAAUUGGGGUAACACUAGAAACCUUGCAGAAUUCAAUUGAAAAUGCGCCUAACGAAGGUGCAAAAGAAAUGGAAAUCGAGAAUGUAUGUGCUAUUCUUCCGUUAUUGAUGAAAUUAUGCGAAUCAUAUCGGGAAUUACAAUAUACAUCACAAUACGUACCGCGUGAAAAAUCUGCAUCAAAUGGUAUGGUACUUCAAUCGGCAUUGGCUAUGUACCCUGGAAUUCCGCCAACUCCAACGACAGGAAAUUCUUUACGAUUCUCCAAAGAUUAUUUUCUGAAUUUAACCCCCACAUUAGUCUCUGGUUUAGGCGAAAUAUCUGCAGUUAUACAACAGAUAUUUUUCUUAAUCUCUCAGCAACAAAUGAAAGAACAUCUUUUAUCACAAUAUUUUAGGGAAGGUGCUGAUUCGAUGGCUGAAUAUUUGAUUCUUUUGCUUAAAGUAGCGCAGUCUAUUUUGAGAAAUGACGCGUUCCCAGAAACAUGGCUAAAUAUGAACAUUAUGGCGCACAAAGUUCUGCUAAAAUUGCUAGAACCGGUUUCCUCAUUGCUCGGAAAGAAUUAUAUCCCAAGCAGGGACAAUUCAGAUGCUUUCAACGAAAGGUUAUGGUGUGAAUACUUCAAUUGUCUUCUCACCUUGUUAUCCAGUAAACAUUUAAUCAUUGAAAACUUUACUCCACAAAAACGCCGUGCUGUAUGGCGAUUGGCUGGUGAUAUUCGCGGUCGUGGAGCACGGCUAUUAUCCAAUUUAUGGAAUGCUAUUGGUUGGGAACAAAUUAACGAAGGAAAAGCAGGUGGAUAUCAAGCUCGUUAUAUUAGUGCAUUGUUGGGCCCAAUCUUGGAAUUAUGUCUCUCGCAUCAUGAUGAAUUACGCUCAUCUGCCAUCAGAGUAUUGUUCAGCAUGAUUAUAACUCAAUAUUCACUCGAUGAGAAUUUCAAACGGAUGGAAUCGGACAUCAUUGACACCCUAGAUCGAUUGUUUAUGUCUGAAAAGAAGGGUGAUGAAAUAUCUCGUGCAUAUUUCAUUUCACAUUUGAAACGAUUAUUCGAAAAUGAAAAGACUAUCGACAAACGUCUUCGUGUGACUGUCACAAAUUUCUUGGACUCACUUAGUCAAUUCUUGGAACUCUUGCUUGGUGUACGUGAAUUGCCGGAAGGCGAAGAAUAUCAAGAUGAUCGAAUAAUGUGCACACUUAAACUUAUGAAGUUCAUUAAAUCGAUCGAACGUGAUGAAAUAUAUGUUAAAUAUGUGCAUCAAUUGGUUCAUAUGCAAGCUAACAGUCAUAAUUACGUCGAAGCUGGACUAACAUUAAAACUUCAUGCAGACCUAUUCAAAUGGGAUCCAAAGUCAGAAUUGGAAGCAAUUCCCGAACUUGAUUUGCCAAAACAAUCACCAUUCGCGAGAAAAGAGAGAUUGUACAUUCAAAUAUUAGGCUAUUUCGUGAAAGGUCGAGCAUGGGAAUGUGGAAUUGAACUAUGCAAAGAAUUGGCUCAUCAUUUAGAAUUCACCACUUAUGAUUACCCGCGACUUUCUGAUAUUAUCAAACAGCAAGCUGUUCUCUAUGAGAACAUUAUCAAAAAGGAGAGAUAUUUUAGCGAAUAUUUCCGCGUUGGAUUUUAUGGGCGCGGAUUCCCGGCUAGCUUACAAAAUCGCCAAUUCAUAUAUCGUGGAUAUGAGUGGGAGAAGAUUGGCGCAUUUUGUGAAAGGAUGCAAAACAAACAUCCACAAGCACAACUUUUGAAAUUCAACACACCACCUCCGGACGAUAUUUUAUAUGAUGACGGACAAUUCUUACAAGUGACUGCCGUUACGCCCGAACCUAAUAGGAAUAAUCCAGUAUUUAAAGGUGACGUACCAUCGUCCAUUCGCGGAUAUUACGAGCAUAAUGCAGUGAAUACCUUUAGUUAUUCGCGCCCAGUGAAUAAAAAUCCGGAUGGCGUUAAAUCCGAUAAUGAAUUUCUGGACUUAUGGACAGAAAAAACGAUUCUUGUUUCUGAGGAGACCUUCCCGACUGUUCUACGCCGUUCUGAAGUUAUACGCGUGAAAAUGGUCGAACUAUCACCGAUAGAAAAUGCUCUCGCUGCAAUGAAAGCUAAGAAUCGUGAAUUACUGGCACUUGAAGCAAAAUAUAAUGCAUAUUCAAAAGCAACUAAUUUGUCAACACCGACGACAGUCACUAGAAUAAAUACAAACCCAUUGUUAAUGUCUUUGAAUGGGGCGGUAGAUGCUCCUGUUAAUGGCGGUGUUCCAAUGUAUAAAAAGGCAUUCUUCGGUAGUGAUUUCCUGGCCGCUAAUCCGGAUAAAGAGCUUAUGGUCCAGAAAUUAAAAGGAGCAAUUGAUGAACAGGUUGAAAUUAUUGAUCGAUGUUUGGAAUUACAUGAUCGCCUUGCUUCUUUUGAUAUGCGUCCGUUGCAUGAUACAUUAGUAAAAUUCUUUAACAAAAAUUUUGCCGAUGAAAUAAGUCGAUUAUCGGAACGCAAAAAAGUCGCAGCAACUACAGAACCACCCACCAAAAUAUUAUCUUCUCACGAAUGCCAGUUAUCAAAUUCACCUACAGAGGCAAAUUCACCACUUUCUAUUGGCAGUUUAGCUCGUAAACCGUCUUUUUAUGCGAUAGCGCCAUUCUCUGGUGAGCCAACAUCACCAGUUUCGCCGACAUCAUCUAGUGCAUCAAUUAGAUCUCGUGUAGCUGCCGCUAAAUUCCAAACAAUACGACCAUCAAUAAUAACACAAGGUCUAAACAAUCAGGCUCCGUUAAGUCCAAAUGGUGACACUAUUACCCAAAUACCGGUAAUUAAUCAACAAAGAAAGGGGUCUACCUUGAAAGAAAGAAAGGGAUCGAUGGUAUUUGGAGAACGACGUAUGUCCAUUAAGAAAUGGUCUUUGAACAGGAGUCGAAGUACGACUCGUUAA